AUGAAGGAACCCCAAUAUUUUACCAUCUAUGAGGAUUUUUUCAAAGAUGCGAAAAAUUUUCUGAAUACAGUUAUUGAAACUAAGAGCAACAUUUUCGAUGUCAGUAGUAGCAGUGAGUCCAGUUCGGAUGACAAGAAAGAUAGUGAAGUAAAUAAUUCUGAGAAGGAAAGGCAUAUUGAUUUUUACCUUAACGAACAUAGCAACAAAGUACUAUGGCAGAAGAGCAUUAGUCAUGAUGAGAAUUCCAAUGGGGACAUUGUUAUCGGGAGAAAUACCACAAGAAGGAAUGACAAGUUUAGAAGUGAAACACGAGCAGUGGAUAGAUACUCAGAAAUGGAAGUAAACAAAAACAUUUACAAUCCUUUAUCCAACGUGAACAAUGAAGGAACGAAGAUUUUACUCUGUUACCAGAAUUCACACACCAUGUGUCUAUCAUAUAAAUUUUAUAACGAAAAUGUUUACCAGGAUUCAACUAACGUGAAUUAUUCGAUAUCUAUUUUUAAGAAGAAAGUACCAAAUUUUGAUAUUGAAGAUGAGAAAUAUGCAUUUGAAAGAGAUAACAAGAAUAAAAUUACUCACUUUUUGAAGAGAUUGAUAUUUUUUUGGAGUUAUAAAGAAAAUGGAGGAAAAUUCCUUUUUACAAAGGAGGAAAGAAAACAAAUGCGUGAUGAAGACAAUAUAAGAAAUAAAUAUCACAAAGAAGAUGAAGAAAAUAAAAAUGGAGGUAAAAAUAUGAACAUAAAUAAAAAUUUCAUAUCCAAUGGUUACAGUAGUAACAGCCUCUCGAUGAGGAAUGGUAAAGUGCAAAGUAUGGAGGAAGAAAAGAAAGAAAAUAUAGAUUUCAAAGAAAUGAAAAGAAAAAGAAAGAAAGAAAGGAAGAAAGGAAUAUCAUAUGAACAUUUGUUAGUUCCAAGUAAUCAUAAAUAUGAUGCUUUUUGUUUAUUUAAUCCACGUUUUAAACAGGGAAAACAUCACACUGUUAUGUGUUUACAGGGGUAUAACGUGUCUAUUAUACCAUUUGUGAAGCCUAGAAAAUUAAAAGAAGAAGUAAAUGAAUUAUUUAAUGAAAUAAAUCCUUGGAUUCAUAAAUCAUUAACAUUAUCAAAGCUACGAAAUUUAAAAAUUGAUUUGUUUAAUUUAAUUCAUAAUAUUCCUGAAAUUGAUAUUUCGACAAUUUCUUGUGCAUGGGUUUUUUUUGAGAGACUUGUUAUUAAGGGAUAUGUCCAUAAAACCAAUCGGAAAUUGUAUGCCGCUACUUGUCUUAUUUUGUCUAUAAAAUUUCAUCAACACGAUGAUAUGCAAAAUUUGGAAAAACUAUUAAUACACAUUCAGAAGUUAGAUAAGAAGGAGAAUUUAACUCCUUCUUUAAUUUUCUCUGUAGAAUUUCUGGUUUAUCGAUUGCUUGAUUUUUCUCUCCAACACACGUAUGAGGAUAUUCGUCCACAUAUACACCAGUACUUGGAAUCCAAGGAACUAAAAUUUGAGGAUGUCUAUGGCAUUUCAGAAGAGGCAUAUUUAUGUUCUAAUUAUUCCAAUGUACAGUGA